AUGGAAGAUGGAAAGUGCUCAAAACACUACCCAAGAAGUUUCCAGGAAACAACAACUGUGAAUGAUGAGGGGUAUGCACUGUAUAGAAGACGUAAUAAUGGGCAUACAGCAACAAAGAAUGGUCAAGUUCUGGAUAACAGAGUUGGGGCAAAGAAAACAACAUUGACAGAGUGGAUGACGGCUAACAGGAUGUAUCCAGAAGCCCGAGAACUCACAUAUGCAGACUUCCCAACACAAUGGGUAUGGUUAAGCGACGAGAAAAGAUGGAAGCCUAGAGAAAACGGGAACAACAUUGGAAGGAUAUACUUUGCACACCCUGCCUCCGGGGAGAAGUACUACUUAAGAUUGCUUCUGAAUAUUGUCAAAGGUGCCACAUGCUUCGCAGACAUCUGGACGGUAAAUGGAAUUAUACAUCCUACAUACAAGGCAGCAUGUCAUGCCCUUGGACUUCUUGAUGGGGACAAUGAAUGGCACGAGGGUUUAGUUGAAGCAGCCACAUGGUCUACCGGGCCACAGAUGCGAGAACUCUUUGUUACAAUGUUAUUAUUCUGUGAAGUGUCAGACCCAAAAGAGUUGUGGGAAAAGCAUUGGACAGAAUUAUCGGAUGACAUUGUUUACCGACAACGUCAAAGACUGGGAAUUCCAGACCUAAGUCUAACAGAAGAGCAGAUUCAGAACUACACCCUCAUCCUCCAAGCGGUGUACCAGAAUAGAGGUCAACUAUUCUUUGUCUAUGGUAGUGGUGGCACAGGGAAGACAUAUCUUUGGAGAGCUUUAAUAUCCAGGCUACGCUCUGAAGAACAAAUCGUACUUGCGGUGGCAUCAUCAGGAAUAACAACUUUACUACUUCCUUCUGGCAGAACUGCCCAUUCCAGGUUCAAAAUCCCACUGAUCUUAAGUGAAAAUUCGUGUUGCAACAUUGAGCAAGGCUCUGGCCUCGCAGAACUAAUCCGACGAACAAAGCUCAUAAUAUGGGAUGAGGCUCCCAUGGUACAUAAGCAUGGCUUUGAAGCACUUGACCGGACUUUUCGAGAAGUUAUGCAGCUUCAUGACCAUUCGUUAAAGGACAAAGUUUUUGGAGGCAAGGUGGUAGUCUUAGGAGGGGAUUUUCGGCAAAUACUACCUGUUGUUCCAAAAGGAGGACGAGUAGAAAUUGUAGAUGCGUCUGUGAGCAAAUCCAAAACCAUAUGGCCAGAGUGCAUUGUCUACACACUAAGGACAAACAUGCGGAUAAAGCGGUCAAACCUAGACCAAGUCGAUAUAGAGCGAACAGAGUUCAACAAAUGGGUACUAGAUAUGGGAAAUGGGCAUAUUCCAGCAACAACAAAAGAAGGCGAGGAGGAACCGACAUGGAUAGAAAUACCAAAGGACUUACUUAUAAAUGGAGCUGAUCCUAUUGCUGCAUUGGUGGAAGAGGUGUACCCUAAAAUUUUGCACAGUUACAUGGACCCAAAGUACCUCCAACAACGGGCCAUACUUGCUCCAAAAAGUGAAACAGUUGACAACAUCAAUGGAUACAUACUCCAAAUGAUCCCAGGAGAGGAAAUAACCUACAAGAGCGCAGAUAGAAUCUGCCCAGCAACUAUAGGUGUGCCCAAUCAUGAAAUACACCUCAAAGUAGGGUCUCUUGUAAUAUUGUUGAGAAACAUCAACCAAAGAGAGGGACUAUGUAAUGGGACACACCUUAUUGUCACCAGAUUGAACCAUAGAGUCAUUGAAGCACAAGUUGUCACUGGAAUAAAUGCGGGCGACAUGGUCAGCAUUCCACGAGUAGAAAUGUCACAAUCAGAUUCCAAAUGGCCAUUCAUCUUAAAGCGCCGACAGUUCCCAAUCAAAGUUUGCUUCGCAAUGACAAUCAAUAAGAGUCAAGGACAAACAUUCGACCAUGUAGGAAUAUACUUACCAGAACCAGUCUUCAGCCAUGGCCAACUAUAUGUUGCUGUCUCCAGAGUCACUACACGUAGUGGACUCAAAAUCUGCAUCCCCGGAAAAAACACGGGUGAUCAACAACCUGGAAACACAAGAAAUGUGGUUUACAAAGAAAUUUUCAAUGAUCUUUAA